AUGUCGGGACAAAGCGGCUAUCCCAGGCCCCUCUUCGCCGUGGUGGUCAAGUCACCUUGUCUCGCGGUGAAAUAUCCAACAGGCAACGGAUUCGUAAGCCGUACUUACCUCGCAGUGUGGAUUUCCUCUGACGCAGUCAAGAUCCGUCGGUUCCAGCUCAAGUUCUCUUCGGACCGCGAAUUCUACACAGCUCUGGCAAUCCUAAGCGAUAUCAGGUGUCCAUUCUCGGAGUCGAAUGUUGGCUCAUCGCAGCUCGCUCGAAGACCGACAUCCUCACAAUGGCAUUCACGCUCAGGGCCGUCUAACCUAGGCAUUAGAGAUCCCUUCCCUUCCAGCGCGAGCGCAGCCCUGUUCCCAGUACUACCAUCCGCUUCUACACUAGGAAGUGCAUCUAGCAUCACUGCCGCAUCUUCAUUACCUCCAUCUUCAUCUGGUACAGCUCAAGCAACGGCUCCAGACACAAGUGGAACAGGAUCAACCAACAGCUACACCGAUCUAGAAGCAAGACAACCUCAACGAACCAUACAACCACACACCGAGGAAGAAGAAACCAGAGCCGACGCUCCAAGCGCUCCUCCCAAGCCGUCCACCACAGCAGCUUGCCACGAUAUCACGACACUGAGCCAACUCCUCCCGCCAAAAAGGGAGUUACCGUUCUCAAAACCGCCAGCGAAGAGAUCCCGCACAACAGCAAAGGAACCCUCCACCACGCCCCAGUCUCAACCACUCAGCGCAGGGGAUCAAAUCCCUACAACCACGGAAAACGAUGCUGCAGCGCCACCCUCGAGUCAGGCCCCGGCGACGAAAAGGCCCACUCCAAGAAGAAGAACAGCAACACCUGGUGCCAUGAAACGUUCAAUCACUUCUGUCCCACCGCUGACGCUGACCGAGGAACCGCCUACUCAACCCAUCCAGUCCAUAAACUCCCUCGCUCAGCCCGCUACCAUACCCAGAACUCAGCAACGGAGCACAGAGCAGCAACUCAUGUUUGAAAGCAGUAAUAAUAUAGUUCACCGGCGCGAACAACAAGAUCCUACGGCCGCAGACCUCUCAUCGUAUCUUUCUGCGCCUACACAAGAGCGCACGACACGCCUGGAGAACUGGAUCUGUCAGAAUCUUGAGAACGAUGGGUUUAUUAAACUUUGUCAGGAUGUAGAGGGUAUAUGGAGGCGGAUUGCGUUUGGGAGUUGA